AACUAAAUUUUUUUUUUAAUUUUAUAGCUAGACAAUCUGAAGGCUUUAGAUCAACUGAAGAAGCAAAAUGGAUUCGCUCACUGUAAACUGAAGACAUGGAUGCAAUCCUGUGCACAUUCACUGACCCAGGACAACGAGCAAGAGUAUGAGCCAGACGGACUCCCAGAGCUGGUCAGAAAAGGCUUUGCUGAUAUUCCUACUGGGAAAACCAACCCCUGUGUUUUGCGCAGAACAGCGCUAAACCUAAAGACCAGUCCCCGUCUUGCUGCUCAAAGCCAAAAUUUGUCACCAUAUGGCCAACGUUUACAAAAAGGCAGGUCAGAUAAUUUUGCCAAGAUCUCUAAACCGACAGCUGGUGGCAGCAAAUCACCAAAGGUAGAUGAUGCUCAGCAGUGCCAAGCAGAAACAGCUAUUGAACCUAUGGAAUCAAGAUCUCCUCUUUGCAUGAAGAAGCAACACACACAAGCUGUUGCUGAGAACUCAAGGAAGAAUCUCCACACACACCAAGGCAGAUGUUCCUUGAGCACACAAAAACUACCUGAUCGGAAUGAACAAAACAAAAACUGUAUGGUACAGUAAACCUGAGUAGUAUAGGUAGUAUACCAUGAAACAAACCCUAACCGCACCCCUUGACCCCUUAAACUCUGCCCCUUGACCCCUUAAACCCCACCCACCUGUCACCAAAAGUCCCGCUCCGGGGGGUAUUACUCCCAGGGUCAAGAUGCCACAUGACCGGAAGCAAGGUGUGUCAUGUGACCAUCCUCUACCAAUCAGGAAGGGUUUCAGCCGCUGGGGACCACCCCGAGAGGAGAUUUGACCAAUCAAGGCAAGUUCUGAGGUGGAGUGACCCAUCUGGAUGUGGGUCAUGUGACCCCUCUAAGAACUCCGCCUACUUCCCUCUACCAAUCAGGAUGGGGUUCACCCUGAUAGGACUGCCCUCAGAGGAGAUUUGGCCAAUCAGAGUGAGUUCUGGGGUGGGGUGACCUGUUCGGAAGUGGGUCGUGUGACCCCUCUAAGAACCCCUCCCAAUGCCCUCUGCCAAUCAGAGAGCAGCACCAUUACCCCAUAAGUCCCAGCUCCGGGCAGAGGAGGCCAUCUCUUACCAAGGACACGUGUUUUAGAAAUUGUGGAAAGGCUACUGAGAGGAAACGUGGACUCCUUUACCACCCCCAUGAGAACUUCGGACUUUGUUUUAACCCCGAGCACCUUUAGACUUGUGUGGAGAAAGCGCUACCUCAAUGACAGUUCCAAGGAGGACCCUUUGACUCAACCGUUGAUGGAUACGUUGGCAUCUGACCCCGAAACCCUUGUUAGGCACCCUGAUGAGUGUGACGGCCUCUCAUUAUUCACCUUCCUAGAGGUGGAAAGUGAUCAUGCC